AAAAAUUUUUUUUUUUUUUUUUUAUUUCAUUUAGUCAAUUCCCGAGGUUUUCUACAUAACAUUUCUUAGUGUUAGUUUCAAGGUGUUUUUGCUAUUCAUUUGAGUUCCUUGGAGGGAGUUGUCAUGGAGUUCGGCAUCACUUGGGACGUGCUUAUUACAGCGGUUGUCGUCUACUAUGGGUCGUUGGCGCUGUACCGCUUGCUUUUUCAUCCUCUAGCUGGCUUUCCAGGCCCUAAAUUAGCAGCCGUUUCUCGCUGGUACGAGGCCUAUUAUGACGUGGUUCUAGGGGGGAAGUACACUGCAAAGAUUGCAGAACUACAUAAAAUAUACGGCCCCAUCAUCCGGAUCAGCCCAUAUGAACUGCAUGUCAUCGACCCGGAAUUCUUUGAGACGCUCUAUCGUAUGGAUGGGCGUUGGGAUAAGUAUGCCUGGACUUACGAUGCCUUCGGGGCUAAGAGAUCUACCAUCUUUGGUUCAGAUCAUGACGCCCAUAAGGCCCGCCGCCGUGCGAUUGCCUCCUUCUUUUCGAGGCCAAACGUUGUUGCUCGCCAGAAUUCACUCGAUCAAAAUGUUCAGAAGCUCUGUCAGCGCAUUUCUGAACUUGAUGGAACUGCCUUUAACCUAGGCGCGGCUAUCAGCGCCUUCACACGAGAUAACGCCAACGAAUUUAUUAUCGGAAAAACCUAUAAUGAACUUGGCUUGGAAGACUUUGGUAUUGGGUUGUCUCUGGCGUCUUCGGGCGCAGGGCCAUUCUGGCGCUUGACCAAGCAUGUACGCUGGUUUGGUCCCUCAUUAAAGGCGGUACCUAUUGAUUGGGCUAUGAAAGUGGCGGACGAAGGUACGAAAGCCUUCCUCCGCUACCUACAGCAAUCUGAACAAGAUACACGUGACACCCUAGCCGCUACAAAGUCCUCGUCUUCCGAUGAUAAGGUCCAAAAUACUAUGAUCCACGCUGUCGUUCACUCUACUCUCCCAUCCUCUGACAAAACUCUGGAUCGCAUCCUUGAAGAGGUAGCUACUGUGACCGGUGCAGCAUACGAGACCACCGCCAAUGUCUUGAGACUAAUCAUUUAUCACGUCUAUACUAACGAAGAUAUUCUUCGGCGCGUUAGGGAAGAACUCGCAACUAACCACGCUUUGUUAUCUGAUCCAAUUACUUUCAGAGAACUCGAGCAACUGCCGUAUCUCACAGCUAUAUUAAUGGAGGGCUUACGCCUAAGCCCUGGGAUUGGCACACGGGCGGCACGUAUUACUGAUAAGGACCUUUUCUACGGCCAUUGGCGUAUCCCCGCUAGAACACCGGUGGGGAUGACUACCCUAUUGAUGCACACUGACGAGAAGCUAUAUCCCAACCCAAUGCAUUUCAAUCCUGAUCGCUGGAUGGACCCAGCUACCCGAGAAGUAGCUGAUAAUAAGUUUGCCCCUUUCUCUCGAGGGACAAGGAUAUGCCUCGGCAUGCAUCUAGCGUGGGCUGAGAUGUAUUUGCUCCUUGCUGCUCUCGUCCAAGGCUUCGACAUAACGGUCAAAGGUGCUACGGCCGGCGGCUUCGAGUUCGAGAGGGACAAUUUUGGCAUCGGUACCAAAGCUGGGUGUAAUUUGUUCGUUCACGUUCAUAUGCAUAAAAUUUGACGCCGCCCGAUACCCCUCAAACAUUAUUAAACAUAUCUAUAUACCACAAGAUUCCAGAACACAGGAACAUUACCCCAUCCCCUCCCGACUCCCCUCAAAAAGCCAGCCCUAUUUCGCGUAACACUGCCACCGCGAUACUUUACUACUUAUAGUAUCAUUCCUCUGUCGAACAGGGGUUGAAGGUAGUUCUGCCACGGUUGGUGGUUGAGUUUGGUAUACGACACUCGCCGUCAGUAUAUCGUUAUGAGGUCCGUUUUGAAAUACGCUACUUCGAUUUGCUGCCUCUCGUCUCAUUUGUUCCCUACGUGCGCGUACUGCCUCAAAUGACAUUCGUUGUGCUGGCGAGUUUUAGUACUUCCCUUAGCGAGUGGCGACCACAUACCUCCUGUCUGUUCCCUAGCAACGAAAGAGUAGGUUGCUGCGUUAAAAAAUAUUCCUUGUUGGUUCAUGUAGUCGAUAAAAUUCUGCCCGAAGAGGAUGUCGCCGAAGUUUGCUUCUGUCUCGCUGUCAUCGAUUACAUGGAAAUCUAAUCUAACGGGUCGUUCUUGUUGAGAAAGACGCGUGUAACGGUCAACAGUGAUCGGCCAAAUUUUGAGUGUGAUUCUACCACAGGUGGAAGUAUUUCCGCGUAGUACUCCAACAGUUGCAGUAUCUUUCAGAAUAUCAGAA